AUGGCUUUUUCUAGUCAGUUACCAGAGAAUGCUGUUAAAUAUAAGUUAUUUCCUCUUUUGGAACGUAAAAGCAGCAAUAAAAGUUUUUCAAAUUCAACCAGUUGUGAGAUUGUAGCAGAGACAUAUAUAUCUAAGCUUAGUGGAUUUUUAGACCGUUAUAUUUGGCAAAAUGAGUCUUUUAAUCUACGAGUCGUUGAUUGUACAACUGAUUCUGAUCCUUAUUUGGAAGGUAUGACAUGUUUUGAAGAAAAUAUCGAUGAUGAGUGGUUUAUUGUAUAUCUUCUUUAUUUUUUGACUCAGAGUGACAAAGAUUUAGUUGUUCAAGUGCAAGACAGUGAUGGUGAAUUUUUAUUAAUUGAAGCUGCUGAGUGUCUACCCAAGUGGAUCAAUCCUGAUACAAGUACCAAUAGAAUAUUUAUAUACAGAGGGGAACUUCAUAUUAUACCUAUGGCACAAAACCCUGGUCAAAUUACCCCAAUUCCCAGCGGUGUUCCCAGCAUAAGCAAUGCAGUGGAUGCUGUGCGUAGAUAUUCAUCAGUUACUCGAGCCUCAGAUUCGACUCAAAAGAAGCUAUACAACGAAAUUUUUAGAUAUCCCUUCAAAAUUGAUACAAAUAAACAUAGAGCUCAUUGUUACCUGCCUUGUUCUGUUGCUGGUAUUUUGAUGGAAGAUCCUAAGUUAAUUCCACAUGCAGUCAAGGCUUUUUACCUUAGGGAUCCUUUAGAUUUAAAGGCUUGUAGAGCAAUGAAGUUUUUUGCUCCUGAAACUAGAGUUAUGACAGAAGUAGUAUUCACACGAUGUCUCUAUGCACAGUUGUCAAGUCAGAAGUAUGAACCUGAUGUUAGAACUGGGUGGAACCUCCCCGGUGUAAAUAAUCCUUUACGAAAAGCACAUGAGCUUGGCAUGAAAUUGGCAUGUGGUUUUGAAAUACUUGCAUCAAAUGCUGAUAAAAUGAUGAAUGUAGAAGGGUCUGCAGAGCAUGACUUCUGCAAUGAUGUUAGAUGGAGAAGAUUUGCAUCAAAUUUGAAAGAAAGGGGAUACUUCCGGGGAGAAAUUGAAGGCUCACAAUUGUAUAAUAGACUUAUGCUUCAAGCCAAAGAUUUUUAUUUACUGUGUUUAAAAAAGGAUACAAAUGGAAAUGUUGAUCCUGGUGCCCGAAUUCGCAGCAUGCUGGAAACACUAAAUAUUAACUAUGAUGAAAUGAAAGCAGCAGAAAAAUUAUUAAAACCUCCUGAUUCGGAUAGCUGGAUGGAAAUUACACCGGAUGCAUUAGAUUCUAUGCUGGAACAAAUGUCUCACAAAAAUUAUGAAGCCAAUGUGGGAAAGGUUAUAACAGAUGGCUUAAAUUCAUUUGUAAAUCACAGAUCAGAUAUUGAAGGAGCUGAAAUUCCCUCAAACAAGCAGAAAAAUAAGAAGCAAAAGAUUAAUUUUGAUCCUGAUGCUUUUACAGAUGCUGUAAAUACUAUUUUAGAUUUUAGGGUACCUGAAUCAGAUGAUGAUGGAUCCAGUUCGUCAAUGAGUGGAUAUUCGGAUGAAGAAGAAGAUGAUGAUAUUGGUACUGGUGAAGAAAUUAACUGUAAAAAAGGUGCUGGAAGUAAAUAUAAAAAUAUUCAAGACAUGAAAAUUUACAUGGAGCAGAUGGACCGUGAACUAGCUCAAACUGAUGUAGGCUUAAGUUUUGACAGAGUAUCCCUCCAACCAUCUGAAUUAAAGGACUCAACUGACGGUAAUGUUGCGGACAUCAAUGAAGAAGAGGAGGACUUUAGACCUGUUGAUGUAGAUUUAACAGCUCUUAAGAACAUUUUGGAAUCUUAUUCAAGCCAGCAAGGAUUACCAGGUCCUGUUAGCAAUCUAUUUUCUUCAAUGGGUUUGCAGUUGCCUAACGAUCUGGAUUCUUAA